AUGAUUUUCAAGGGGGCAGCCAAUGCCAGGCUCGAGCGAGACCACCACGAGAGAACGCAGAGAGAAGAGAAACUCCGGAGAGCCAAAGGUUGGCGCCGAGACUGGGUUGAGCAACUCAGAACCAUGCCAGUCCUCAUACACGGUUUCCUAACCCGGAUCGGCACCAAAUCCGCAAUCCCCCCCGUAUUGCGGUCGUCCAAGGACGCAAAGGGGCUCGAUGAGCACCGCCUUCGGGCUGCUUUGACUCAACUGACGACAUUGUCUCUCGUGUUCCACAGUCGAGACACGAGGUGCUAUUCAAUGCACCCGCUCGUGCAUACAUGGGUACGUGAAAGGCCUGGGAUGAGUACGGGCGAGCAAGCAAUCUACUGCCAUGCAGCGGCGACCUUGCUGGCCCAAUGUGUCUUGCUUCCACCUCUGGGCACUGAUGAAUCUGCCGAGAAUCUCAAGGCCGAGAUCUGUCCUCAUGUUGAUCAAGUGCAAAAAUUCAAAAUCUCCAUUGAGAAAUCGCUGGAACUAAAUCGGGCAUCGCGAGCCUGGUACAAGAGACCUGUUCCGUCCCUACAAGCAUAUCUUGACCGAGAUACAGCUUUGCAGCUUGUGAAAUUCAGUCUCGUCUACACACAGGCCGGCCGUUGGCUAGAAACCAAAACAUUGCAAGAAACAGUCAGAUCGUUCGUUCUACAAUACCUUGGCCAAAAACACAACUCCAGCAUUGAUGUAACUCUGCUUCUCUCAGGCACGCUUUGGCAGCUUGGCCAAGGCGAUGAGGCAGCAGCGCUUCAAGCAAAAGUCCUGGAGCUCUGUCGACAAACCAGGGGCCAUGACGACGCGAAGACUCUGAAGGUCAUGGAUGCGCUCGGUGUCAGCCAUUGGCUCCAGGGCAAGUUCUCGAUUGCGCUGCUCCUCCACGAAGAGGCCACCGCUGGCCUCGAACGACGUCAGGGAAGCGGUCACCCAGAUACGCUAAUCGCUCAAGGCAAUCUCGGGCGUGUUCUUACCAAGCAAUGUCGCUACGACGAAGCUAUCGAGCUACACACGAAGGCCGUUCACGGCCUGAAAGGUGUCUACGGGGCUUCGCAUCUAGAGACGCUUGUUGCGAUGGACAACUUAGCUAUGACCUACCUAGACCGCUUCAUGUACGCUAAUGGCCCCGGAAGCGACCUUGGGCUCGCGCAUGACCUCGAAGUGCAUGUCAUGGACACUCGAAAGCUGAGGCUAGGCCCAGAACAUACCUACACGCUCUGGGCCACGUGUAAUCUCGCUCGCGUAAAAGCUGCCCAAGGCAAGGUCAUAGAAGCAGAAUACAUGAUGACCAAAGGAAUCAAAAUCGCGACGAUCAACCUGGGACCCACACAUAUUGGCACCUUGUUUGGCAAGUUAUAUCUGGCGCACACAUUGACCAGCGCCAAGAAGUUCGACCAAGCCGAGAAGAUGCUGAACGAGGUGCUUGAUGGACACAAAAGCACCGGCAGACCAAAUCAUCCAGACGCUUUUCUGGCGAUGUCGUAUCUUAUCAGGUGUUAUAGGUCGUCCAAACGCGAUGAGGAUGCGAGACAGUGGAGAGAAAGGCUAGAAGCAGCGAUUGAGGCAGCAGGUGGCCAAGAUCACCCAUUCAAGAAGCAUUUGCUGGACCCGCGGGUUGAAGGGUUCGGUAUGCAGAUGGAGUCAACCCCGAUACGGAGUGUUCAUGGCGAUUCCGCGCAACAACAGAUAGGGAGAUCUGAUGUUUCCGGAGGCCAAGCCAUCGCGAAGCUGGUGUUGACCCGGAGCUCGACCGCAUGA